AUGACUAUUAAGCUAGUGGAUAGGGAGUACACCCUAAAUGCAGUUAGCGGUUACGCGCCGUAUGCGGGCUUGGAUGAGAGGUUAAAAGGCGCUUCUAGGAAGGGUUGGAUGAGAUUGUGUGUGGAACGGAGAAGUACUUCACUGUUAGAUUUUGUGGAGGUAUUUGAGAUGGUGAUUGCGAACUCUAGUUUUCCGAAGAGGAAAGAGCAUUUGGUUACUUUCCAAAGUACGGUGGCGAGGAACCAGAUGGACUACAUUCUCUUCAGGAGGUAUGAUGGAGGGUGUGUAAGGACUGCAAGGUUAUCUCGGGGGAGAUCCUCGCAACGCAGCAUAGGCUCUUGA